AUGGGUUCCAUCGUUCUACCACACUUAAACACCGGCUGGCAUGUCGACCAAGCCAUCCUCUCGGAAACCGAGCGUGUCGUCGCAAUUCGUUUCGGUCGCGAUCACGAUCCCGAAUGCAUGCGACAAGACGAGGUCCUAUACCGCAUCGCGGAUAGGGUAAAGAACUUCUGCGUCAUCUACGUCUGCGACAUCGACCAGGUGCCCGACUUCAACCAGAUGUAUGAAUUGUAUGACCCGUGUACCAUCAUGUUCUUCUACCGAAACAAGCACAUGCUAUGCGAUUACGGCACGGGAAAUAACAACAAGCUCAACUUCGUCCUCGAAGACAAACAAGAGCUGAUCGAUAUUAUCGAGACGGUCUAUAAGGGCGCAAAGAAAGGUCGGGGUCUAGUCGUCAGUCCGAAGGAUUAUUCUACACGUUACCGAUACUAG